AUGGAUUCCGGGUUGUUUGAUGUAUUUGGAGAAGAUCCAGCCAUCGAUAUCGAUAUCUCAGACACAGAAGAGAUUGCAAAAAAUGAAGUUACUCCAGUUAACAAAAAGCAUGACUUGGAAGAUAAUUACGAGGAUAGUUCCAAAAAGUUAAGAUCUAAUAAGACCUCAGAUGGAAAUAAGCAGAAGAAGAAAGAACCAGCCGUUCCUGUAGUUACAGAUUCUUUUGAGCAGGAGGCAUCGAGAGAAGUUGAUGCGUCCUCCGGGUUAACUAAUGCAGCAACAACUCAACUUGAGGAGGAUGGUAAGGUUAAAUUGUUACAUCAAGUUCGUCACCAAGUUGCUUUACCUCCAAAUUAUGACUAUAAGCCAAUUGCAGAACACAAGAGAGUUAACCAAGCUAGAACAUACCCUUUCACAUUAGAUCCUUUCCAGGACACAGCAGUGUCUUGUAUUGAUAGAGGUGAAUCUGUUUUGGUCUCUGCGCAUACAUCUGCUGGUAAAACUGUCGUUGCUGAAUAUGCCAUUGCUCAGUCAUUGAGAGAAAAGCAGAGAGUUAUUUACACCUCUCCUAUUAAAGCUUUAUCCAACCAAAAAUACAGAGAAUUAUUAGCCGAAUUUGGUGAUGUUGGACUAAUGACUGGUGAUAUUACUAUUAAUCCUGAUGCUGGUUGUUUAGUCAUGACUACAGAAAUUUUGAGAAGUAUGUUGUAUAGAGGUAGUGAAGUUAUGAGAGAAGUUGCCUGGGUUAUCUUUGAUGAAGUUCAUUACAUGAGAGAUAAGGAGCGUGGUGUUGUCUGGGAAGAAACAAUCAUUCUAUUACCAGAUAAGGUCCGUUAUGUGUUUUUGUCUGCUACGAUCCCCAAUGCAAUGGAAUUUGCCGAAUGGAUUUGUAAGAUUCAUACUCAGCCUUGUCAUAUUGUGUACACUAAUUUCCGUCCAACACCAUUACAGCAUUACUUAUUUCCUGCACAUGGGGAUGGUAUCUAUUUAGUUGUCGAUGAAAAAAGUACAUUCAGAGAAGAAAAUUUCCAAAAGGCUAUGGCCUCCAUCAGUAAUCAAACCGGUGAUGACUCUGGUUCUACUGUAUCGAGAGGUAAGAAGGGACAAACAUUCAAAGGUGGUGCUUCUAAAGGUGAUGCUAAGGGUGAUAUUUAUAAAAUUGUGAAAAUGAUUUGGAAGAAGAAAUAUAAUCCAGUUAUUGUUUUCUCCUUCAGUAAGCGUGAUUGUGAAGAACUUGCACUAAAGAUGUCUAAAUUGGACUUUAACUCUGAUGAUGAGAAGGAUGCUUUGACAAAAAUUUUCAAUAAUGCUAUUGCACUACUACCGGAGAUAGAUAGGGAAUUACCACAGAUCAAGCAUAUUCUACCACUUCUGAGAAGAGGUAUCGGUAUCCAUCAUUCUGGUUUGUUGCCUAUUUUAAAGGAAGUGAUUGAAAUCUUGUUUCAAGAAGGUUUCUUGAAGGUAUUGUUUGCAACUGAAACCUUUUCCAUUGGUUUGAAUAUGCCUGCAAAGACUGUUGUCUUCACCUCCGUUAGAAAAUGGGAUGGCCAGCAGUUCCGUUGGGUUUCUGGUGGUGAAUAUAUUCAAAUGUCUGGUCGUGCCGGUCGUCGUGGUUUAGAUGAUCGUGGUAUCGUUAUUAUGAUGAUUGACGAAAAGAUGGAACCUCAAGUUGCCAAGGGUAUGGUUAAAGGUCAAGCUGAUAGGUUGGAUUCAUCCUUCCAUUUAGGUUACAAUAUGAUCUUGAAUUUAAUGAGAGUUGAAGGUAUCUCUCCUGAAUUUAUGUUAGAACAUUCGUUCUUCCAAUUCCAAAAUAUUGUUUCUGUUCCAAUUAUGGAAAAGAAAUUAAUCGAACUUGGAAAGGAUGAAAAGGAACUUGUUAUUGAAGAUGAAACUAAUGUUAAAGAUUAUUAUGAAGUAAGACAAACUCUAUCAGGCUAUAAUGAUGACGUCAGAAAAAUUAUUACACAUCCUGCCAACUCAUUAAGUUUCUUACAACCAGGUAGAUUAAUUAAGAUUAAUAUUGAUGGUAAAGCCGAUUACGGUUGGGGUGCUGUUGUCGAUUUUGCAAAAAGAAUCAAUAGACGUAAUCCUACUGAAGAAUACAGUGACCAUGAAUCUUAUUUUGUUAACGUGGUUGUUAAUACCAUGUAUGCUGACUCCCCUGUAAACUUGGUUAAGCCGUUUAACCCUGUCUUCCCAGAAGGUAUUCGUCCAGCCCAAGAAGGAGAGAAGUCUAUUUGUGCCAUGAUUCCAAUUACUUUGAAUUCUGUUGAGGCUAUCGGUAACUUACGUCUAUUCAUGCCAAAGAAUAUUAGAGCAGCUGGUCAGAAGGAAACUGUUGGUAAAUCUUUAAAUGAAGUGAAACGUAGAUUCCCGGAUGGUAUACCUUUGAUUGAUCCAGUGAAGAAUAUGAAGAUUGAAGAUGAAGAUUUUAAGAAACUACUUAGAAAGAUACAAGUUUUGGAAGAGAAAUUGAUCAACAAUCCUUUAACAAACUCUAUUAGAUUAGAAGAACUAUACAACGACUAUAGUAGGAAACAUGCUCUUCAAGAGGAUAUGAGAAAAUUGAAGCAUAAGAUAAAUGAAUCCCAGUCAAUAAUCCAGUUAGAUGAUUUACGUCGUAGAAAGAGGGUAUUGAGAAGGUUAGGAUUCUGUACGCCAAACGAUAUCAUUGAAUUGAAGGGUAGAGUUGCGUGCGAGAUUUCAAGUGGUGAUGAAUUACUAUUAACAGAAUUGAUUUUUAAUGGUAACUUCAAUGAAUUAAAGCCUGAACAAGCAGCAGCUUUGCUUUCAUGCUUUGCUUUCCAAGAACGUUGUAAGGAAGCCCCAAGAUUGAAACCAGAGUUGGCUGAGCCAUUAAAAAACAUGAGAGAAAUAGCUUCUAAAAUUGCGAAGAUAAUGAAGGAUUCUAAGAUAGAGGUUGUUGAAAAAGAUUAUGUUGAAAGUUUCAGACAUGAAUUAAUGGAAGUAGUUUAUGAAUGGUGUAAAGGUGCUACAUUUACUCAAAUUUGUAAAAUGACUGAUGUUUAUGAGGGUUCCUUAAUCAGGAUGUUUAAGAGGCUGGAGGAAUUAGUUAAAGAACUGGUAGAUGUUGCUAACACAAUUGGUAACACUGCUUUAAAGGAAAAGAUGGAAACCAUAGUUAAGAUGAUUCAUAGAGAUAUUGUUUCUGCAGGUUCUCUAUAUUUGUAG